GGUUGGUGUCUCAGCUAUUUCAGCCAUCGACGACCCAGGAAGAGAUACUGACACUUGGACUCAUUGAUUGUAACUACACUAUUUACUGGUGUAAAACGCUACAGAUUAAUAAUUUAGCAAAAGUCUUGGAUACAAGCGAGGAGUUGUCUUGGAUCCUGUUGGACUCCACUUCCGGUGUUUCUGGAAGAUGUAUUCUGCCAGAUAUGAAUACGACGGCCACAACGGCCGCCACGAGCGGAUCGACUUCCUAACCAGCAAAGAGAAGGCGACAUCAAAGAAGAAGACCGGCAUCAUCAUCGGGGUUCUUGUGGCAGUUCUCAUCCUUGCAGCUGUUGCAGCGUUCCUCAUUUGGCUGUUUGUCUUCAAAGAUGCUGAUUCAGACGCCACCAUUAGUAAACACAGCCUCCCAUCAGAGCAGGUCUUCAGUGGGCAUAUAAAGCUGGUUGGUGCACAGUAUGACCAGAAGCUGGAGGAUACAAACAGCAAACAGUUCGAGGAUUUGGCACACAAACUGGAAACAACUCUGGGGGAAAACUACAAGAAAGAUCCAUUCCUCGCCAAAUACUACACUAAAUCCGUGGUCACUGCGUUCAGUGAGGGUGUGAAAGCCUACUACUGGUCCCAGUUUGAUAUUCCGUACGAAGACCUGGACAUAUUGCCGGAGUUCUCAGAGGAGCGGGUGCUGGAGGCACUGGAGAGAGGCAUUAAGGAGCAGCGCAGCGUUGCAAGCCUUAGUGAUGUAAAGAUCAGUGAAGUCACUGCCUCAUUCACAGACUCUCGCAUGGCCAGGAACCCCAGAGCCAGUAAGUGUUUUUACCGCCUGGAGGCUGGAGAAACGGCGAAGGAAUUUGCGUCUCCAGGGUACCCCUUCGGCUACCCUGCCAAGUCUCGGUGUCAGUGGCAAAUCCGAGCCUCGGAGAACAACGCCAUAUCUGUCAGGUUCCCAUUCUUCCACAUCGAGGAUGACUGCUCUGAUGACUUUGUCUCCAUCUUCGACUCUUUGAGUCCAGAUGAUUCGCAGGCCAUCACAGAGAAGUGCGGUCAGAGGCCUCCCUCCAACCCUCUAGAGGUGGUGUCAUCCGGCAACAUCAUGCUGAUUAACUUCAUCACUGACACUGAUAUCCAGAGGCCGGGCUUCAACGCAGCGUACAAAGCCAUCCCCAAGUCUAAAGUAAAAACCUGCGGUGGUGCCCUCUCUGCAAGCACAGGAGUCUUCACCUCCCCACUUCACCCCAGCUUCUAUCCUCCUGCCAUGGACUGCAAGUGGACCAUCAAGGUCCCUGCUGGGAAAAAGGUGCGAGUGAAGUUCACCAUGUUCCGCAUGAAAGAGCCCGGGGUGGACAUCCGUGUGUGUCACAAAGACUAUGUGGAGGUUAUGGGCACCAAGUAUUGUGGAGAAAUGUCCUCUUUGGCUCUGACCAGUACCAGCAACGUGCUGGAUGUGAGCUUCCACUCCGAUGAGUCCUACACUGACAAAGGCUUCAGUGCCGAGUACACCGCAUAUGAUCCUGCAAACCCUUGCCCCGACAAGUUCGCUUGCGCCUCUGGCAUCUGCAUCGCCAAAGAGCUGAGGUGCGAUGGCUGGAACGAUUGUGGUGAUAUGAGUGACGAGAUGAAGUGCCAUUGCGAAAAGGACCAGUUUGCUUGUGCCAAUGGUUUGUGCAAACCGAGGCUCUGGAUCUGUGAUCGCGUCAACGACUGCGGAGACGGGAGCGAUGAGACACGGUGCAGUUGUGAGGAGAAUGAGUGGCGCUGUGGGGAUGGGGUUUGUCUGCCCCAGGAUGUUGUGUGUAACAGUAAGAAGGACUGUGCAGAUGGAAGCGAUGAGGCCUCUUGUAAAACCUCUCCGGGUAUCUGCUCUGAGUUCAGCUUCAAGUGUAAGAACAAAGAAUGUGUCAACAAGGUGAACGCAGACUGCGACCGCGUCAGCGACUGCUCUGAUAAUUCAGACGAGGACGGCUGUGAUUGUGGCACCAGGCCUUAUAAGCUGAACCGCAUCGUGGGAGGGCAGAACGCUGAGCUGGGGGAGUGGCCCUGGCAGGUCAGCCUUCACUUCAAGACCUAUGGGCAUGUUUGUGGCGCCUCUAUCCUCUCUGAGAGGUGGCUCCUUUCGGCUUCCCACUGUUUUGUCACCAGUGACCCAGCGAAUCACGUUGCAUCCAACUGGCAGACCUACAGUGGCAUGCAGGACCAGUACAAGCAUGAUGGUGUAGAGCGCCGCUCAUUGAAGAGGAUCAUCUCCCACCCAGAUUACAACCAGAUGACCUUUGACUAUGACAUUGCACUGCUGGAGCUCAGCGAGCCGCUGCAGUUCACUAACACCAUCCAACCCAUCUGCCUACCCUCUCCCUCCCACGUCUUCCCUGCAGGCAUGGCCUGCUGGGUCACAGGCUGGGGCGCGCUCCGAGAAGGAGGUCAAAAGGCACAGCUGCUGCAGAAGGCGUCGGUGAAAAUCAUCAACGACACGGUAUGUAACACGGUCACGGAGGGCCAAGUCACCUCCAGGAUGCUCUGCAGUGGAUUCUUGGCCGGAGGAGUUGACGCAUGCCAGGGAGACUCCGGAGGACCCCUGGUGUGUUUCGAGGAGAGUGGGAAGUGGUUCCAGGCCGGCAUCGUGAGCUGGGGUGAGGGUUGUGCUCGUCGGAACAAGCCCGGUGUCUACUCGCGCGUCACCAAGCUGAGAGACUGGAUCAAGAAAGAGACAGGGAUUUGACGAUGCUGUGAGUAACGGGGAGGGAUGCGGAGCGGGGAACAACAUCAGAGUGCUAAAAAUAAUGGAUAAGGAACAUUUGAGUCAGAUUCAGGACUUCAAGUCUCCUCAAGAUGUAUCCAUUUUGCCACAGACUGAGGAUACGGUUGCAUGGACCCAGCUACUCACAUCAGUGCCUUAACACACUUUAUUUGGUUGCCAACCCCCUUUUUCCCCACACACACACACACACACACACACUUACACACUUACACAUAAACCACAGCGACUCACACUUUUACUUUUUAAAGGUGUUCUUUUACCCCAAUCAGCCAUGUCAUGUUUCACUGGUGAAUACACCCUGAGAAGAAAUAAUAAAAUAUGUAUAUUCUGGGAAUCAUUUCCCCAGUAUUAGUAAAAUGUAACAUUAUAAGAGAAUGAUGCAGAAUAUGAAAAUUUUACGGUUUUUAAAAUGCUUUUUAAACUCCCUGAAUACGUAAUUGUGUUUUUAAGACUUAGUAUGAUGCUUAUCUAAACAGGUGAGAUGCCUUCAUCUUCUCGGGCUGCAGUGUAUUUUGCACUUUGCCAGUGGGCUCAUGCUGUAGAUAGCAAUAAAUCGGAAGUUUUAUUAAUCCAAUAUCCUAAAGGACCGUAACACUUGUUAUAGUCUUUUCGCUACAAAACACUCAUACAUCACAGCUGACCAUUUUCCAAAGCAUGGCAUAGGUUGUUUUGUUUUUUUUUUGACUGAUUUUUAUCUACCUAUCUGCCAGGCAGCCAUUAGUCUCAGUUGUUAUCAGUAAAGUAGAAAUAUCAACUUUCAGAAGCAGUUUGUAUUACCAUGUGACGAUAAGAGAAGUUUGACAUAAAACAAAAACAAAAGGACAAAAAAAAAAACACACACACACAACAUGCUCAAAUCCAUUAAGGACCAUUUUCAUAUCAUACAAAAAUAAAUGAAAACCAGAAGCUGCCUGGAAGAUAGAAAAUGCAUUAAUCAGUGUAAAAGCCCAUGGUUUGCUUUGGAUAAUGGGUAGCAGUAAUGUUACCAGACUUGUAGCCGGUGGCCUAAAACAGGCAAAAACACCAGCAUGGUCCUUGAGAUUCCUGAUCUGAGACUGGAGGGAUGCUUAAGUUGUUUUAAGUUGUUGUUGAUCUGACUGGGGAUCCUAGAUCAGUAUUUGUAUUACACUUUUACAGAUGGAUUUUGCCCAGGUCUCUGGUUAAAGCUCAGGAUGAUUGAAGUCUUCAGUCACAUACACCUGAGAGCCAAAGCAAACCAAUGGGAUUGUGACUAGUUGCCAGAGCAAUCCAAUGAGCUCUUAUCCCUAUGAGCGUUUCCUCUCUUCGGUCACGACCAACUCCAGCAACGUUUAAAUCUAAGAUUAGACCUGGUGGUUUCUUUUAAUCUGUUUGCCUUCAUCUCUGACUUAUGCUGGAAAUAUUACAUCCUGGACAAGCAAACCAAAGAUUUACAUAUGUAUUAUUUAUUAAAGGGGAAAAAAUUAAAAAGAAAAAUUUGUUGGGGAUUUUGGUCAGUGGAUCUUUAUUAUUUCCACGGAGUGUUAACAGUUAAACUAUGCAAGUGUAAGUGCUUGUUUUCCAGAAAGUAGGGACCAACUACAACUUUUAGAAGAUAUUUUCAUUAAUGCUGCACACUGGCGACUGUGAUUUGGAUUAUGGACGUACUUUAUAUCCUUUUUUUUCUUUGUUUGUGUUUUUGUAUGUUUUUGUACAAAAAAGCAAUGAUAAUAAACAUCUUUUAUCUGA